AUGCGACGAUUGUCCGGCUUACAGCGAGAAGUCCUUUCGCUGUACCGAAAGUGUCUAAGAGAAGUCCGGAAGAAACCACAGAACACUAGAGACAACUUUCGAGCUUUCGCACAGGCUGAGUUCCGUAAGCAACUUGACGUGAACAAGAAAGACUUCUCUACAAUCGAACAUCUACUGCGAAAAGGCCACAAACAGCUUGAGACGUAUUCGUCACCGGGGAUUAGAAAUAUCAAAUGCUCAGACAAAAUGUCGUUCUACACAACAACCCUGUCUCCUGGCGACUUCCUGCCUCUCUUCCAACUCAUGGAUGACUACUGCGACACUCGUCGCCCUGCAUCACCAAAGCCAGCUCAAUCCAGCCGUGCCAAACCAUCCGCAGCCCAAUCCACUCCAGUUGCGCUUGCUCCUCGUCAACUCACUUCCUUCACACCUCGAUUUGAUGUACGAGAAUUAGAAAAAUCCUACGUUCUAGAUGGAGAGCUUCCUGGCGCUCAACAAGAAAAUAUCGAGAUUGAAUUCACCGAUCCCGAAACCAUAGUGAUUAAGGGCCAGAUUGAACGCAACUACGACGUCGCACCUCCUUCACACUCCACCACAACUGACGACAAUGACGAUGCCAUGUCUGUUCAUAGUGAUGGUGCCUCGAGCACACAUUCAAACUACCACGCACCCACCGUUGAAGAUGAGGAAGAGGAUGGAGCCGUAAAAGUCAGCGUCCAGAAGACGACAAACAACUCAGUCACCAAGCAGAAGCAACGGCCAGAGUCUGCACAAGAGCCAAAAUUCAAGUACUGGGCUUCCGAGCGCUCUAUUGGCACUUUCCAGCGAACAUUCACCUUCCCCACUCGUGUUGACCAGGACGGUGUCAAGGCGACAUUCAAGAAUGGUGUCCUCUCUGUCUUUGUGCCAAAGCAGGCCGCCCAGAAGGCUAAGCGGAUCCGCGUUGAAUAA